AUGAUGGAACGGCAGAAUUCGAAUCUGUACCCUUCAAAUUUAACAGACCUUUUAGCUGUGUCGGCGUACCAGCAGAAUGUGGACCGAUUAUCGGCGAUAUCAGACGGCGACGACAAAUACAAUGGCGAUUAUACCGAUAAUGUUGACCGAUUUACCGAAAACGUCGAUCGAUCAUCAUCGCCAGUAUCAACUCUGGAUGACGGAGACAGUAGUCAAUCGGCUUUCGGAGUCGAUUUGACAGGCAAAGGGACGAAUUUAGCAGGGAAAUCGUUUACAAUCGCUGCUAUACUCGGUUUAACGAAUUCUGAAGAGGACGUCAUGAAUCUGAGCGUCCAGGAGAGGUUGCAGCAGAAUCAGAGACAGUUGCAGAACUAUUUGUAUGCUGGACAUGAUGUCCAGAGAAUUAAUGAGGGUUUCUGCAGAAGUAUAGUUGGAGUGCCGACGGGAAUGAGGCAAGGAUGA